UUUGUUUUGCAUUGCUUUGAGGUUAAUCGUGUUAUGUUUUAAUUAGCACAAAAUUGCUCUUUUUUCAUGGAAUUAGUGCGCAAAAAGUCCAUUAAUUGCAACCAGGGUGCAAUUAGAGCCGUCCGCUACAAUGCUGACGGAGCGUAUGCUAUGACGUGCGGCUCAGACAAGAAGAUAAAACUGCUGAAUCCGCUCACGGAGACGCUCCUGAAGACCUAUGGGGGCCAUGGAGAUGAGGUGUUGGAUGUGGUGGGCAGCUGCGACAGCUCGCGCAUCUUGUCCGGGAGCAUGGACAAGAGCCUGAUCUACUGGGAUGUGACGACCGGCCAAGUGAUACGGAGACUGAGACACCACGCGGGUGCCGUGAACUCGGUAAAGCUGAACGAGGAGUCCACGGUGGCGGUGUCCGGGUCGCGGGACAACACGGUGAUGUGCUGGGACAUGCGAGUGCCGAAGAUGGAGCCCGUGCAGGUGAUGAACGAGGCCAAAGACUCCGUGAUUGAGGUGAUCGUGGCCAACCACCGCAUCAUCGCCGCCAGUCUCGACGGCUCUGUGCGCCAGUACGACAUCCGGGCGGGAGAGGUGAUCACAGACAGCCUGGAUUGCGCCAUAGUGAGCAUAGCGAGAACCCGAGAUGGCCAGUGUCUGCUGCUCUCCUGCCAUGAUGGCGUCAUGAGACUCAUGGACAACGACUCGGGCGACAUUCUGGCCAACUACCGCGGACACACGAUGAUGAACUACAAGGUGGAGUGCGGAAUCGUGUGCUCGGACACGCACGUGGUCACCGGAUCGUCCGAGGGCGUCGCAGUGGUGUGGGAGCUGGUGCAGGGCAAGGAGGUGCGCAGGAUUCCCAUUGGCAACAAGGUGGUGCACUCCAUCGCGGUGCAUCCCACGGGUACGGACGUCAUCUUCGCGUGCGGGCAGGAGGUUCACGUGUGGGGCUACCCCUAUUGAGAGG